CACGGAUUUCACUUUUCAUGGACGACGAGUUCAGCACAGUUUCUUUAGACGACAUCGACAGCCAACCAGAUUCCCCUAUAGACCCACCAGCUACAAAGCCAACCGGCUCAGGAAUUACUCUCGUCUUACCCUCUCUCAAAUCUCUCAAAGCUGCAAAAGCCUCUAAGAAAUCAAAGGGCAAAGCCUCAACCUCCAGAUAUGGUACACCACUCCAGGAGAAAAAAGCGUUUCGUCCAUUGAAACUCAAGCCACUGAAAGAAGUUUUGACAAAACUUAUUGCGCAGAUCAAGAAGUGAGGACUAUCUUCACUUUCAAUACGACCCUUUUGGGCCUGGAUCUGAACACGUUUGGGUAUCACAGAAAAGAUGAUUAUGCUUUCUUCCUUCAGCCGGUCGAUAUCAGCCAAGUGCCGGGUUACACUGACAUCGUGAAAUUUCCUAUGGAUUUUGGUACAAUGUCGAAUAAAGUUGCCCGUGGCAGGUACCGGUCACUCGAGGAGUUCGCUGAUGACUUUCGACUGGUGGUUAAUAAUGCGAAAGCUUUCAAUCCUCCUGGUACCAUUUAUCACACUGAGGCUCAGCGAAUUGAGACUUGGGGACUGGAUCAUAUCGCUAAAGCCUCUGCCACCGUGAUUCAGUACGAAACCGAUUGGAAUAUCGAAGUCGAGAAAGACGAAGAGCCCGAUCAUCAAGCCAUUGAGGAAUAUAUCGACCCAAUGGAUAUUGAUACGCCAGGGCCGCCAGACAUGUCGGGUACUCCGGGGCCUUCAACACAAACCUCCAGACGAAGUACUCGACAACCUUACCGGAAAGCUGCCAACGUUCCUUCUCUUCCUGCCGCAAAACCUUCUACCGAAACUAUUGACGCUGAAGGCAGGCUACCCGGUUCAAAAGAAGGACUCGGAGCUUUUCCCGCUGGUUCAGACUGGGCGAAGACUAUGCUCGCGUUGAAACUUAAAGGCAAGCGUUACAAAACUAAGAAGGAAAGACUAAGGGUUGAAAAGGAGGGCCCUCCUUUACGUCCCGAUGGAAGUCUGGAUUAUUUUGAAAUGGAAGAACCUUUCCCUGUACUCUCUGCUCUGGUGCCGGAUACCCGUACACGCCCUUACCUUUCCCCACUUUACCCUCCCCUACUGCCAACUAAUGAUCAUUACCCUUCUCACUCUCAAACCCCACAACCACUUGCCCAGUUCCCUACGGCCGUCAACCUUUCUUGGGAUCGUCCUCCAAUCAGCGACCUUCCAAGCGAGCGAUCGACUAAGUUUCGCUAUUGGAACAUUCAACGAAAUGCCAAUAACCGAGGUCGAGCCAAGGACCGGGACGAAGAGCGAGAUGAAAACGAUGAGUCAGAUUGGAAAGUUGGCCGAGAAGCUCACACCACUGACUUUGGAUCCUUUGCAAUUUUGGCGGCGGAGAUUGCAGAGGAGAUGAAACGGCGAGGCACAUUCAAAGAUGAGGAAGAAGGAACGUUCAGUUUACUUCGCGAUAGUUUGGACCCUGAACUGGUGAAUCGCCCACCCGAAAAGAAUAUCGCGAUUUCCCCUUUGCAACAUUAUUGGAGCGUCAAUCGUGCGAUUGAGGGAGAGAGUUACAUCCGGGACGUCGUGUAUGGCGGGUCUAGCGGUCUGGCUUAUGUGAGAAGUGUCGCAGAAUUUUUGACUCCUCCUGAGGAUAUCUCAUCCGCAACUGUGAGCGACGUUUCAGGAUUCCAUUUGGCUGCCUUUGCAGAACGAAAUGUGGUCGACCCACUGACGGAGACUCGACAUUCAUUGCUCCGUGAAACGCCGCGAUGCAUGAGACUUCUCACUCGUCCCAAAAACCUCGGUCGUCUCAAGGUCGACAAAGUCACCUCACAAGUAGCGAAAUCCAUGCACGUCUAUCCGGUGGCCACACAGGCGUUACUAGCGUUACAGCAGAUACGAUUUCAUAAAAUUGAUAUGUCUUCUCUUAUCCAAUCUCCAGACGAAUUGUUCCUCAGUGAUGAGGAAUGGGUAGGAAAGAAUCUGGAGGAGAGUGACAAAGACGUGAUGGAUGCAGACGGUCAACCGCCCACCGUCAGAAUGGAUCGGGUCCUAUCCUAUGUCUCUCGAGCAAUUCUUGAGAAUAGCCGCAAGCUAGCUUCAGCAUCUGGCGGGAAAAGUGGAUCGGAGGAAGGCGGCGAGGAUGCUAACAUGCGACACAUUCGCCUCAACCUAUUGGCUCUUGCGAAGAGGGCACCUUUAGACACUAUUGCACGAUUACCAAAGGAACUUGUUCCAGAGCAGAUUAGACAGUAUAUUCCCACUUUUACUGUCUCUUCCCAGACGAGUUGAUAUUAUUAUUCACUAGAUAAUGUUUAUAUCAGCUGUACAGUCUUUGACUACGGAUCGCAUUACUAGAACUGGAUGGUCCAUAUUUUUAGGAGCUCUUACGAAACGAAGGCAGGGUUGCGGAGUGGGUUUGACGAAAGCCUAUUUCUGUUUUCAUGGUGCUUCCAGCAUAUUUAGCUCCCUGAACAAAAAACCUUGGCUCCCCGAAAUAAGUUCCUGAAGAUAGAUAAGUUAUUACACGCUCUAACCGCCCCUCUUUGGAGGCGUUAGACCAUGGGGGCCCAGCGGGCUGGUAAGAAAAACAAGUCUAUACUGCGUACCGUAGGAAUUGUCAAAGCACGUGUGGCAGUGCAGCUCGGUUACGUCAUUCAUUUAUUACGCUAUCCGUAGUAAAACGUUUAU